CUCCCUCAAGGAGGGUUCAAAGGUCGCACCGUUCUCUUUCGUGUCUCUGCGGGUGAGACCUGAGCUGUGGGUGCAUCCAGCCCCGGGGUGUGGGCAGUGCGGCGGUCUCGGCUCUGGGAAAUUGCAGACGUCUCAGCAUGGUUGAGAUAGAAUGGGCAGAGGCCCAGCUCUCCGAGUUAGACCUCCUGGCCAGUAUGUUCCCUGGGGAGAAUGAGCUCGUAGUGAACGACCAGCUGGCAUUAGCGGAGCUGAAAGACUGUGUUGAGAAGAGGACGAUGGAGGAACGGUCAUCACACGUUUACUUCACAAUCAAUAUGAACCUGGACUUCUCUGAGGAAGCAGUGGAGACGUUUUCGCUGUCUUGCAUUCUUCCCUUUAAGUACCCUACAGCCCUGCCAGAGAUUACUGUCAGAUCAGCAUCACUGAGUAGAGCCCAACAGACUCAACUGAACACAGAUCUGAUAGCAUACCUUCAGAAGAACUGUCUUGGAGAUGUCUGUAUACUGAACGCCACAGACUGGGUUAGAGAGCAUGCCUCUGACUAUGUCAACAGAGAUGCCUCACCUUCCCCCGCCAAGGAAAGCCCAGCCCAGCCCCUGGAUCUCACCCUCACAAGGCUCUGGAUUUAUAGCCAUCACAUCUACAACAAAUGCAAAAGAAAAAACAUUCUAGAGUGGGCAAAGGAACUGUCCCUGUCUGGGUUUAGCAUGCCUGGGAAACCUGGUGUGGUUUGUGUAGAAGGCCCACAAAGUGCUUGUGAAGAAUUCUGGUCAAGACUCAGAAAACUAAACUGGAAGAGGAUUUUAAUUCGCCACCGAGAAGACACGCCUUUGGAUGGGACAAAGGAUGGGAUGGAGAAACAGCGGAGAUUUGCCAGUUUUGAAGAAAAGGUCUUCAGUGUCCACGGAGCCAGAGGGAACCACAUGGACUUUGGUCAGCUGUACCAGUUCUUAAAUGCCAGGGGGUGUGGGGAUGUUUUCCAGAGGUACUUUGGUGUGGAAGGACAGUGACUGAGCAGAGGGGCAGCGUGACCUGUUGGGUCACCUCACCGUUCCUCCUCCUCUGGUUGUUUUUUCUCAUUCUUUCUCGAAUUCUGAUUUUUGUUCCACUCUAGAAUGUUAUGGGGCUGGGGGCAUAAGAAGACAAUUAAUGUAGUUGAAAUGCAUCUGUUAAAACAUGCCAUAACUGAAUGAAGAACUGAGCGAGGUUCAGGUUAUGAACUUUACUAACAGAGAAGCCUGGAGAAAUGGCGCAGAGGUUCAGAGCAUUUACUACUGUCACUAUGGUCCUAAGUUCAGUUCCCAGCAGCCAUGGCAGGCAGCUAAUGAUCACCUAUAACUCAUACAUCCACGGUAUCUGAUGGCCUCUGUCCUCCGCAAGGGUGCAUGCACAAACAUAUAUACAUACAUGUACGCAGGGCAUCAGAUCCCAUGGAGCUGGAGUUACAGGAGGUUGGGAAUUGCCCAGUGUGGGUACGGAAGCCAAACUUGGGUCCUCUGCAAGAGCAAUACAUACUUUUAACCCCUGAGCCAUCUCUUCAACCUGGUGGAAACUUCUUGACAUGAGCUGGACAUGAUGGCACAUGCUUGUAAUCCCAGCACUUGGAAAAUAGAGAAAAGAGUAUCAGCAUUCAAGGCCAGCUUGGGCUACACAAGGCUGUGUCUUAAAAAACUAAAACAAAGUAAUUCAUAGAGACUUUUCAAGGACAAAUUAUAUGUGAAGGUAGUUUCGGUGGUUCAACUUGCUAGGCGUUUCCAACACCCGUCUGCCUUUACUGAGGAACCUGGGAACCUGUCUGCCCUUGGCCUUUGUUGAAGCUAUUAUCUGUCUAUAGGUUACAGCUGCAGGAUUUCUGAGGAUGAAUUUGCUCCUCUUUCUGCCAUGAAUCUUGAAGGCAUGGCAGGAGAAGGGAAGGAUGGCCCAAGACAACUGCAGAGAUGCCAUUGCUACUUACCACGUGGGGACCCAACAUUAAUCCUUGGUGAUCUUCAGACCUUUGAAAUAAAGUGAAUUUUUAACGUCU